ACCGGCUUCGAAUCACAAACGUCAAGGCUUCUGACUCUAUGGAUGGACGAGCAUAUGCAUGCAUGGCAAUGAAUGAAAUCAUGAGGCAAAGCACCCAGGGUCCACAGUUUUUCAUGAGAACCACAAGGAACCACUGAAGAGCUCAGUCCAGUGAGCUACAUGUGGGCUUCUCCAGAAGACCACUUUGGUCUUCGUGGAAAUCAGUUCAAGGUCAAGUGCAUUUUUUCUGGAAAUCCAACACCAAAUGUACACUGGGAAAGAACAGAUGGUGCACCACUGCCAGAUCGAGCCAAAAUAUUGGCUUUUGGGAUGGAGAUGGUGAUUGAUGAUCUACAAUUUGAGGAUGCUGGAACCUAUGCGUGUUGGGCUUCCAACAGUAACACUCAGACACGAGUUCGGAGAACUGUGUCUGUGCGUGUAGAGUCGGUACCUUACUGGCUGCUGGAGCCCCAAGAUGUGGAGAUUGUAGUUGGUGGCACAGCACAGUUCGACUGCUUGGCGAAGGCUGUACCAGAACCAGACUACUGGUGGUUCAUCAAUGGGGUCCCCUUAGAAAAUGUGAACGACAGCAGGAUUACCCCAGACCGCGUCAAGCGCCCACGUCCUGACCGCAUUGUGUUUGAAAAUGUCAGCCGGGAGGAUGCCAUGGUGAUCCAGUGCAAUGCCACAAACAAACAUGGCUACAUUUGGGGCGAUGUUUACUUGAACGUACUUUCUGAGGCUCCUACAAUCCUCACUCCCCCGGAUCCAGAAAAGCUUGUAGCAGAGGGAACUUCUGUAAACUUGACCUGCAGGGUAGCAGGCAAACCAGAUCCUAUCAUCACGUGGUACAAGGACAAUCAGCAGAUCAGCAGUGGCAGAUACAAGAUUAUGCCCUCAGGAGAGCUCUAUAUAACACAAGUAGUAUUGUCAGAUGCAGGGCUGUACACAUGUGAAGCUAAAAAUAUCUUCAACGUGACCAGCAGCUCAGGGAAACUUUUGGUAAGGCGCAAGACUUUGAUAGAGCAGAAACCUUUGGAUCUGGAGGUCAAUGCAGGCACAGAUGCAACAUUCACAUGUUCUGCAACCACUGAUCCAGAGGAGGUUGACAAGCUGCAAAUCAAAUGGCUGAAGGACAACAAGGAAAUCUCCGCUGAUGCAGAUAGAAUGACAACCAACAAACAGAACAACUCUCUGACAAUAUCAGGAACCAUUGUACGCGAUUCUGGAUCAUACACUUGUGUUGCUACCAACGGCUUAGACCAGGAGGAGGCCUCAGCAAUGCUGACAGUUAGAGAUCGACCUGAUUCUCCCACUGAUGUAAAAGUUGAAAAGUGUGCCACCCAGAAUGCUACGGUGAGCUGGAUACCUGGCAGCUACAACAAUGCCCCAGUGCAGUACUAUGUGAUUCAGUACAACACAAGUUUCAGUCCAGAUACAUGGAAUUUCGGAGUCAGAGUCGAUUCUGACUACAAUGUAUCAAAUGUGAGCUUGACUUCCUGGGCUAACUUCACUUUCCGUGUCAUUGCUUACAACCAGAUUGGAGAAAGUGAACCCAGCUUUCCUACUUUAAUUACUUGCAAAACUAGACCCGAUCGUCCAAGAAUGCACCCUCAGAAUCUGCAGACGAUUGGAGACAGACCUGGGUAUCUGCAUAUCAAAUGGACACCAAUGCCAGAGAUUCAGCAGAAUGGCCCUGGUUUUAUGUACAUCUUGCAGUAUGAGCGAGAAGGGUAUCCAACCGGUGUGCAGCAAAUACCAAUUGAUGAUUGGAGAGUGAGAGAAAGAUACAUUGCAGUUGGAAACCUGAUCUAUGAACCAUACAUUAUUACCUUGAAAGCCAAAAACAGUGUGGGUGAUGCAAUGCAAGAUCCUCCUAAAAUUCGAGGUUUCACAGCUGAAUCAAUUCCUAACAUUGUGCCUGAGACUUUCCAGGCAGAGCAGCUGGGAGACACCUAUGCAGUGUUAACUUGGGAAUUUGACUACCUACAAAUUAACAAGACACCCACAGCAAUAAAUGGGGAAUUUCGUGGUUUCAAGAUUCAGAUUUGGCAGAGAGGGUACAAAAAUGACACAAUGAGAGAGUGGAAUAUCUCACCACAGGAUGCCCUUGCCUCACGAAAUGGCAUACAGUUUCGAACAACUGUCCAUGAUCUUCUACCAAUGACCACUGUAGAGGCACAAGUCUCUGUGAUGAACAACUACUAUGUUUCACGGCCAACAGAUGUUGUGACCUUCCAAACAAAAGCAGGACUUUAGAAAUCAAUGCGUAGAUAAACACACAGAACACCAACUUGCACAAGUGCAGAUGCAUGUAUUGAUUCAUAUUUUCGUUUUGAUUCUUUUCAUAGUGUCUACUGUUUUAGUCUAGUGAUUCCAGAAGUCUGUCCCAGAUAAUAUUUAAACAUUUUGUAAACGUUUACAAAUGGCAGAGACGCUUUGUAAGCGUUUAUAAAAUAUUUAAAUGCUAUCAGGGAUGCCGCUCUUCCUUUUUUGGUUUGUAGACUAAUGCUAUUAGACGAUGACUUUGAUUUACACCAUUUUUCAAUUGUUUUUGUCUCUAUCUUGUGAUUAAUGUAUUUAAAUGCUUUUCGCAUCAAUCUGUCCACCAUGCUUAAUGUGAAUAGUUACAUUCCUUAUCAUUAC